GAGAGCAAAUUGUUUGGGAUGCCGGCAUAGAAUACUUGUGUGAUUCUAUGGAUUAUAUUAGGGAGACACAAUAUUGUGUGAACUUGAAUGGAGUCGUACGAGUUUAAUGCGAAAUAAAAUUUAGACUCACCAGUUUUGUGCGGACAACCGUUAAGGAAGGAUACCAGAGGCGGGUUGUUGGAACUCUACGGCAAAUCGCCUCUCACAUUUCAGUGAAGCCACACAAGACGAUGAUAGUGACGUGUUAUUAAUAUUCUGUGCAGUAGAUUUUAAUUGUGUUUAUGUGGAUUUUUCUGUAGCUCUUAGUGGAUAUUUUUAUUGAUUUUCUGACCUCAGUCUCGUGGUGUCCAAUUAGGUCAACUCCAGCCAACUGAUGGAUAGCAAAGCAUCACGGAAGGCAUCCACUCACAGCAAUGAGGACACGGAGAAUGCGAAGAGCGUCUCUGGGGGCGAGGAGGUGGCCCUCAAGGCCAAGAUGAGCCUCCUGAACGGCGUCACUGUGAUUGUGGGCUCGAUCAUCGGCUCGGGCAUUUUUGUGUCUCCCACAGGAGUCCUCAAGUACACAGGCAGUGUCAACAUGGCUCUCAUCGUCUGGACUAUCUCCGGUGUAUUUUCCAUGGUUGGUGCGUACUGCUAUGCAGAGUUGGGAACAAUGAUAACAAAGUCUGGCGCGGACUAUGCGUACAUCAUGGAGACUUUUGGGCCCUUCAUGGCCUUCAUCAGGCUCUGGAUAGAGUGCAUGAUUGUGCGACCCUGCUCGCAAGCCAUCGUGGCGCUCACUUUCAGUGUCUACGUCAUGAAGCCCUUCUUCCCGGACUGCCAGCCUCCGGAGGAGUCAGCCCGGAUGCUGGCCGUGUGCUGCAUUGUUGUAUUGACUUUCGUAAACUGCUGGGAUGUUAAAUGGGCUACAAAAGUUCAGGAUGUCUUCACAUUUGCCAAAUUAUUGGCUCUGUUUGUCAUCAUAUUUGUGGGUGCCUACUUGCUGUUUACAGGACAUGUUGAAUAUUUUACCUUCGAGAACACACAAGGCGACGUGGCUUCUAUAGCCCUAUCUUUUUACUCGGGCCUAUUCGCCUACAAUGGAUGGAACUAUCUGAAUUUUAUCAUUGAAGAACUCAAGGAUCCCAUCAAGAAUCUCCCGCGUGCCAUUGCAAUCUCAUGCACUCUCGUGACCGUGGUCUAUGUCCUGGCCAAUGCUUCCUUCUACACCAUCCUCUCACCUGAAGAGGUGUUGGGAUCUGAAGCCGUGGCUGUGACUUUUGCCGACAGAAUCUUCGGAAGCAUGGCCUGGACGAUCCCUGUAUUUGUCGCCCUGUCCACCUUUGGAGCUGUCAACGGUAUCCUUCUGACGUCCUCGCGACUGUUUUACGCAGGGGCUUGUGAAGGACAGAUGCCCGAAAUACUCACAAUGAUCCAGAUUCACCGAAUGACGCCCACGCCGGCAGUCCUCAUCAUGGCUCUUCUCUCAAUGCUCUACCUGAUGUCUUCGGACAUCUUUGCUCUUAUCAACUACGUCGGCUUCGCCACAUGGUUGAGCAUAGGAGUGUCUGUCCUCUGCUUGCCAUGGCUCCGAUGGGCACAGCCUAAUCUUCCGAGACCAAUUAAAGUGAACCUCAUCUUCCCCGUUGUCUACCUAUUGGCCACGAUCUUCGUCACCGUUGUUCCUAUGUACGCCAGUCCAGUUGAGACCGGCUACGGCGUCCUUAUGAUCUCAUCAGGUAUUCCAGUCUAUUUAGUCUUCGUGUCAUGGAAGAACAAGCCAAAGUGGUUCCGAAAGCUAAUGGUGAGUAUUACUGGAUUCCUACAGAAAAUCUUGCUGGUCGUGGGUAAAAGGAGGCCAACUAAAAUUUAAUUGCCAAACGAAACUCAGAUGGUAGAUUUUAGUUUUUUCAAUUGACCAUUUUAAAUGAUUUUAAGUGAUAUUACAACUUGUUUUCUACAAUAAACAUUCCCAUGAAAAUAACCA